GUGAUAAAACUAGUUUAUUUUCGUUUAAUUCAGAUAUUUGGAAUUUUAGAAUACUGAAUCAUGUUUAAUUAGCAUAAAACCAGUUUUAAAUAAAUAAACACAGAUAAAUUAAAUUAAACAACUAUUGUUUUUUUUUAAUUUUUAAUAACGCUAAGAAUAAUCCUAAGUAUGCAUCCUGAUUUGUCACCACACUUGCAUACUGAAGAAUGUAAUAACUUAACUAUGGAAUUUAAAAACUGUAAUAUAGAGCAUAAAGUUUUGAGAUUUGUUGGCAGAUGUGACAAAGUAUAUGAUCGUAUGGUUCACUGUUUCCAUUUGGAGCGACAAGCCAAACGCCAAAAAAAUAACGAAGAAGCAAAAAAACAUCAAGCUUUAGUGAGACAAAGGAUGUUAGCAGAAAUGAGAUUAGACAGAGAAAAAGGAAUUGUGAAUUGAGAUAUACUAUUUGUUGUGCAUAGGCUUAGGUAUAAAAUAUUGAUAAAUAAAUGUAACAAAAUAUAAUAUUUUAUAAUUGUGA